UAUCAAAAGUUUUAUAUUAGUUAAUUAUCUUCUAAAUGACAUUUAUUUUUAAUUCUUUUUGGAUGAGAAUAUUUUGGCUGAGGUGGAUAGUCUCAAAAGCCUUGAAUUUAGUCCCUUUUAUAUAGUAGGAUAAAGCUAUCUAAGCAUUAAGUUAGAAAAGAGAAACUUAUGGUAUAUAAGCGUAGUAAUGUUUUUAAUAAUAUAACUGUUUUUUUCAGUAAUCUUCUGAAAUUAACAUUCAUUUUACAGUCAAAUUCAUUUGUAUGAAAGAAAAACCGAACUUACGUUUUGCUUUAUAAAAUGAUAACUUUUGGAAGUGGUCUAAAAUCGUGGUCACUUUUAGUGUUUGAACUUUUAAGUUUGAUGUGUAUUUGUCUAAAUUGGUGAAUAAAGAACCAAUUAAUUCAUUGUAUUAAAUCAACUUUUUUCCUUGUGGCUGCAAGAUAUCGCUUUUUAAAAAAAUAUCUUAGCAUAAAAUAUUGAUUUGGCUUAUGUUUAAUCAAUUAAAAAAGCUAUCAUCACUCACAUAAUUCAUAUAUAAUGAGAUAAUAUAUGUUGAUAAAAACUCAGGAAAACUACUUUUAAUACGUUAUUAUCUUUAUAUAUAUAUAUAGUGUAUAUAUCCUGCUUUAUCAUUUUUACAUCUAACGAUAAAUGAAACUGUAGUUAUUCUUUUACACCCAAAGAAAAAGAAACUGUAGUUCUUAUAUCACUUAAAUACAAAUGUUGGUUGCUCAAAAGAAAACAAAUGUUGUAGCGUUUCUGUAGCUGCUAGGAACAAAAAAUUAAAUUGAAAAAGUACAAGCUCAAAUUUUGUAUAUUUUAAGCAAAGAGAGCAAAAGAAAAGCUUGGCCAAAUAUAUCCAGUAAAAAGUACAAUACUUGUGGUAAUAUAGAACGAAGUACACACAAAAGAUCAUUAUUAAAAUAGAUCCAUAUUAAAUAUAAAAGACAACAUUCCCCUUGGAAUAUAAAACAACAAAAAUAUAAAAUAAAAUAGUCUUUGAAUUAAUCUCAUUAAAUUUUCACAAGAGGGGCCUAAUUUUUUCCUAUAUAAACACAUGAAGGCAGCAAUUCAUCUCAAACCCCACAGCAAAAAAGCCACUCACCUUUUUCUCUCCAUCUCUCUCUCUGCUUCCAUGGCCACCAAGCUCGACACAAGCAGCUUACUGUUCGCUCUCUUGUCCAAAUGUAGCCUCCUUACCCAAACCAACCUCGCUUUGUCUCUCCUCGUAGCCUCCAUCGCUUCGCUCGCUCUCUCUCUCUUCUACUGGUCUCAUCCCGGAGGACCUGCAUGGGGAAAAUAUUUCCUCCAUCGCCGCCACCGAACCACCGUGAUUCCCGGACCAAGAGGCUUACCUUUUGUCGGAAGCAUGUCUCUCAUGUCAAACGCUUUAGCACACCGCUGCAUAGCCGCAACCGCGGAGAAAUUCGGAGCCAAACGUUUGAUGGCGUUUAGCUUGGGAGAUACUCGCGUGAUCGUCACGUGCAACCCUGAUGUAGCUAAAGAGAUUCUAAACAGUCCGGUUUUCGCUGACCGUCCGGUUAAGGAAUCAGCGUAUUCCCUUAUGUUUAACCGGGCUAUCGGUUUCGCUCCUUACGGCGUUUACUGGCGAACGUUGAGGAGAAUCGCUUCUUAUCAUCUUUUCAGCCCUAAACAGAUUAAACGCUCUGAAACGCAGAGACGUGUGAUCGCGAAUCAGAUGGUGACGUGUCUCGCAAAACAGAGUAGCAGCAACGGAGGACUCUGUUACGCUCGUGACUUGAUCAAAACGGCAUCGCUUAACAACAUGAUGUGCUCCGUUUUCGGGAAAGAAUACGAGCUUGAACAUGAGCACGAUGAAGUGAAUGAGCUACGUGGUUUGGUCGAAGAAGGUUAUGAUUUACUCGGAACACUUAACUGGACCGAUCAUCUCCCAUGGCUGUCGGAAUUUGAUCCUCAGGGAAUCCGGUCUAGGUGCUUUAGUCUCGUACCGAAAGUAAACCGGUUCGUGAACCGGAUUAUAUCUGACCACCGUGAUCAAACUCGUGACUCGCCUAGUGACUUCGUUGACGUAUUACUUUCUCUUGAUGGUCCGAAUAAAUUAUCCGACCCGGAUAUGGUCGCGGUCCUCUGGGAAAUGAUAUUUAGAGGAACUGACACGGUGGCUGUAUUGAUCGAAUGGAUUCUUGCUAGGAUGGUCUUUCAUCAAGAUAUUCAGACAACAGUUCACAACGAGCUUGACCAGGUCGUGGGGAGAUCAAGAGCCGUGGAAGAAUCUGACGUGGCUUCUCUAACAUAUCUGACGGCUGUGAUCAAAGAAGUCUUGAGGCUUCACCCGCCAGGUCCACUUCUGUCGUGGGCCCGUUUAGCAAUCACAGAUACGAUCAUUGACGGUCGUCGUGUGCCGGCAGGGACCACUGCAAUGGUUAACAUGUGGGCUAUAGCGCAUGAUCCACACGUGUGGGAAAAUCCGUUGGAGUUUGAACCCGAAAGGUUUGUAGCCAAGGAAGGUGACGUUGACUUCUCGGUUCUUGGGUCGGAUCUAAGGCUUGCACCGUUUGGGUCGGGUCGUAGGGUUUGUCCUGGGAAGAACCUGGGUUUGACCACCGUGACGUUUUGGAUCGCGACGCUCUUGCAUGAGUUUGAAUGGCUUGCACCGUCGUCAGAUGACAAGACCGUUGACUUGUCCGAGAAACUGAGGCUCUCGUGUGAGAUGGCUAAUCCUCUCGCUGUUAAGUUGUGCUGCAGGCGCAGUAUAAGCGUAUGAAAAGAUUAUUAUACACUGAAGGAAUAAGAAAAUAUAUGCGAGUGCGAUGCAGAAAAGAAAAGAAAGGAAAACGAAAAUAAGAAUAGGAUGUGAAGCUUUUUUAUAUUAACAUUUUGCUGAUACGCAACGUGUGUGGUGGUGUGAGGAGUGGUGCAUUGUAAAUAUAAUGAAAAACAUGAGCUAAUAUACCAUGUGGAUGUCACAGAAAAGAUUAGAGCUACUUAUGUGAGUUUCUAUUUUAAUAUUUAAACUUAAUUUUCUCGUUUGGAUGUCACAAAACUAUAUUACAUUUGUAUAUUUUAACCUAAAAGUGUAGACAUUAUAAAUAUAUAUAUAUAUGUCAUUCAUAAACUCUUAUGUAUUUGAAAGAUUGAUGAUUUAUAAUUUGAACACAUAUUAACAAAAAUUAAAUACCCACUUUGAUUUAUUUUUAUUUUUUUUGUUUUGUUUUCAAAAUUUUGCAAACCUCAAUAAAAUUAUACCACUCAUAUUUUAGUUUUAAAUUUAUGUUUUAUUUAAAAUAAAAUGCAUUAAUUAGAGUUUAAAACAUCAAUCUUUCAAAUACAAAAACAAAAGCUAAACAUCAAAUAGGAUAUAGUUAAAAUUAAGCUCCAUUUGUGGUAGUAAAGCAAUUCCAAUAACUAACAUCUUAAUAUAGAGAACUAAAAUUAGCUUACCAAAAUCUACUAAACACCUAUUAUAGGAGAAUGGAUCUUUGACAUAUAUCAUUAGGAAACCCUAUAUACAAGUCGCUUACUUAUAUUGGAAAAAUGAACAAAAACAUUAAUUAGAGUUUAAAACAUCAAUCUUUCAAAUACAAAAACAAAAGCUAAACAUCAAAUAAGAUAUAGUUAAAACUAAGCUCCAUUUGUGGUAGUAAAGCAAUUCCAAUAACUAACAUCUUAAUAUAGAGAACUAAAAUUAGCUUACCAAAAUCUACUAAACACCUAU